AUGCCUGAGUACACUACAGACUAUCUACGGUACUGGGGUGAUGAAUGGGUUGCCCGUUGGUCAGAGGGCCACUGGGCUUUGGAAAACAUAGCAAGGUGCACCUUGCAAUACCUGAAGAUAUACACGAAUUGUGAUGUUUGCUCCGGACUUUCGAGAAGUCCUUCCUAUAGAUAUAGGACUGAACGUAUUUUCGGUGUUGAAUGGACACCACAUGAGGCUAAUGGCAAAACUAACUACGAAGUAUCAUGUGGCUUCAGCGAGCUCGCCUGGCUGGAAAGCGAGUGGGCUAGAGAUCGUCUGGAGAAAUUCGAGGAGCCAUACUGGUCUAACGAGCUGAUUGCAGAGGGCCAAUUCAUGUGCGGCUGUAUCUCCGGCACUCUUUUCAAAAUGGUGCUCUUAAUCGAUUGGGUUGAACAACGCUGGGACAGAAUGGUGGACCAAGUUGAACGUCUUCUCAUGGCCAACUCGGAACGUGAGGCAAUUAUCGAAGAAGAACUUGAGAGAUCCGCUUAA